AUGCCAAAUGUAAAACGAGUCGUCUAUUCAACGUGUUCUGUUUAUGAACAAGAGAAUGAAGGUGUUGUUCAAGAAGUGUUGGCCGAGGAUUGGGUGAAAGAGAAGUAUGAAUUAGUGGAUCCCAUGCCAUCUUGGAAAAGCAGAGGAAAGGACGGCUACGAGUUCAGUUCACUGUGCCUGAGGGCUGAUCCUAAGGUUGAUCUGACUACCGGAUUCUUCGUAGCUUUGUUUCAAAACAAGAAUGUGUAG